ACGGGUUUCUCCACUAAAACUAGACACCUCAACCCAAGCCACCGCUUUCAACGUCCGAUAUCAACAACUUCAACAAUGGCCAGCGAGGAUCAGAACUCGAAACGUUUCAAAGAAGACGACGGCCGCCCGCUGGUGAUCGGAACGCACGACGGUAUCUUCCACUGUGACGAAGUGCUGGCGUGUUUCAUGCUGCAGCAACUGCCCCAGUAUGCCAAUGCUUCGGUAACAAGGACCAGAAACGAAAAAGUGCUGGCACAGUGUGACAUAGUGGUGGACGUUGGGGCUGUGUUCGAUCGCGAGAAGCACCGAUUCGAUCAUCAUCAGGCCAGUUUCAAUGACACCCUGAACUCGCUGAGACCGGAGAUGAAGGUCAAGCGAGAGAUUAGAUUGAGUUCGGCUGGUUUGAUCUACACGUAUUUCGGAGAGGAGGUCAUUCGUCAAAUUCUGAGCAAGAAUGCCGUUGAAAAUCCAAAUGAAGAAUUGGUUCGCGCAGUCUAUCGGAAACUGUACGACACUCUGAUAGCGGAGAUUGAUGCCAUCGACAAUGGAGUUCCGAUGUUCGAUGGUGAGCCCAAGUAUUCCAUCAAUACACAUCUAAGUGCUCGCGUGAGUCAUUUUAAUCCGGCUUGGAACGAGGAAUCGGACGACGACACUGAUUCGUUGAAGCGCUUCGAGAAGGCUAAAGCAUACGUUGGACAGGAAUUCGUCGAUAAGGUUCUAUACUAUGCGAAAAGGUGGUGGCCAGCUAGGGAGCUUGUGCAGAAUGCCGUCAAGAAACGGAUGGAAGUCCACGCUUCCGGGGAAAUCCUGGAGCUGGAACACUUUGGUCCAUGGAAGGAGCAUUUGUUUGAAUUGGAGGAGCAGUACGAUGUGGUCGGAGUACCGAAGUACGUCAUUUACUUCAACAAGGAAAACGAUUGGCGUGUAAUUUGCGUUCCUCUCCAGUCGGCGAGCUUCGUGUGUAGGAAGUUCCUGGCCGCUCCGUGGCGUGGAGUGCGCGACACAGAGCUGGAAAAGGUCUCCGGAAUAGAAGGUGCUACGUUCUGCCACCAGUCGGGAUUCAUCGGUGGGAAUAAGACGCGAGCAGGCGCUCUGCAGAUGGCCGUCGCCAGUUUGGAAGCGAAGGAAGAAUAAAGGUUCUAUAUUUAAAUUGGAGAACUUUUCCAACUGUUGUUUGCUUUGUGAGGAACUUCUUACUUCAAGGACCAUGGAUACAUUUUAGACCUAUUACACAGCAUUGUUCAUAUAAAUGCAGCACAACUCCUGCAAAAUAUAUAUUACUUCUCCAACUA